ACCACUCGAUUGCAUGCGCAUCCAUUUUCAUUUGUACUCCAUUCUUUGCCUCGGUCGGAUCGUGAAAGUUGGUGCAGCGGAUCGUUAAUUAAUUUUAUUUGAGUUUUAUUUCGAAACAUUUAGUGCACCCACAAUGGCAUACCAGCUGACAAAGAUUGGCUCCGCCCUGUCGGGAAACCUGACCAAAACCGCUUUGCGAAGCAUCAGCACCACCGGUGCCGUAUACGAACCCCGAAGGCUUCCCGAUAAGACCGGCAAGAAUGUGGUCCUGGUGGACGGAGUUCGUACGCCUUUCCUCAUGUCCGGCACCGACUACUCCAAGCUGAUGCCGCACGAGCUGGCUCGUCACUCGUUGCUGAGCCUGUUGCGUAAAACCAAGCUCGACAAGGAACUUGUGGACUACAUUGUCUACGGAACAGUCAUUCAGGAGGUUAAAACAUCGAACAUUGCCCGUGAGGCGGCUUUGGCCGCUGGUUUCAGUGACAAAACCCCUGCUCACACUGUAACCAUGGCUUGUAUCAGCUCCAACCAGGCCAUCACCACCGGAAUGGGUCUGAUUGCCACCGGAACGUACGAUGCUAUUGUUGCCGGAGGCGUCGAAUUCAUGUCCGAUGUUCCCAUCCGUCACAGCCGCAAGAUGCGUUCGCUUAUGUUGAAGGCUAACAAGGCCAAGACCCCUGUUCAGCGUCUGCAGCUUUUGGCUUCCAUCCGACCGGACUUCUUCAUCCCGGAACUGCCGGCUGUGGCGGAAUUCUCAUCCGGUGAAACCAUGGGUCACUCGGCAGAUCGUCUAGCUGCUUCAUUCAACGCUUCUCGCCAGGAGCAGGACGACUAUGCCCUCCGGUCGCACACUCUCGCCAAGGAAGCCCAGGAGAAGGGCUACUUCACCGAUCUGGUCCCGUUCAAGGUGUCCGGUGUGGACAAAACCGUUGAAAAGGACAACGGCAUCCGCGUCUCGAGCAAGGAAGCUCUGGCCAAACUGCGACCAGCUUUCGUUAAACCAUACGGAACCGUCACCGCGGCCAAUGCUUCCUUCCUGACGG